GUAGCAGAAAUCCCCAAGAACCAUGAAGUGUUUUAUUUUGAGGUCGCGAGUUAAACGAAAAGGCGAACAAAGGGUAGCUCAUCUCUUCCGUAAUGUAACGUUAGGUUCUUGUGAAUUACAUUGCUGCAUCUAUUAACGGUAAGUUACCACACUGCCUGUUUCUCCAACACUUCCUCCAUGUCAAGCACGGGACCUGCGUGCUCAGCUGGAUUGGUCCAUCACAACAUCGGUUAUCAGUCCGCUACAGUCUCCCCGUUUCUCAAACCACUAGCUAGCCGUCGUGGUAGAGACGUUACUUACACCGCAGCUUAAGAGGGAGAGGCAACCUCACAAUUGUGACUUGUGGGCCUAAGAAACACGUUAAGGCACCAAUUCCCCCCAAGGUUCCCAUCUGAUGGAGCAGUGGUUGUCAGUCUUUGUGAAGAGGCACUAUGUUUCCUUGUCAUGUAACCCCCUGGCCCUCUGCUGAGCCGCCGGCCUCCUGUGGCAGUCAUGCACCCCCAGCACAGCCCUCACAACCCCUGCCUGAUCUGCUGUGCAGCUGUCCCGCUCCACCUUUGAACACCCUCUCUGAGACACCCUCCCCAGACCCCAUGGAAUCCCUCAUCGUGGUCACGGAGUACGAACCCAGCAGACCACCUGGAGAGGCUGGGGAAGAGGAGGAGGUAGAAGAAAUGGACAGUUCUGAGACGCCCGAGCCAGCUUCCUCUGUGGCGACACCUUUCCGGACUCCUUCCUGCGACCUGCUGUCCCACACAGUUGGCCGGCCAAAGGCUCUGCUACCUGAAAGCCAAGAGCAAAGGGGAAGGUUAAGCUUGUCAGACAGGAAACUAUCUCUGCAGGAGCGCUCUCAAUCGGCAGCAUCACCCUGCAGCUCUCCGGGACUCAACGGGCGCUAUAUUUACCCGUCAUUACCCUACUCGCCUAUCACAUCACCCCACUCCUCGCCACGCUUGCCCCGCCGGCCCACUGUGGAGUCCCACAGUGUUUCCAUCACAGACCUCCAGGAUUGUGUUCAACUCAACCAGUACAAGCUGAAAGAUGAGAUUGGAAAGGGCUCAUAUGGUGUUGUCAAGCUGGCUUACAAUGAGGAUGACAAUACAUACUAUGCGAUGAAGGUGUUGUCCAAGAGGAGGCUGAUGAGGCAGGCAGGUUUCCCACGGAGACCUCCCCCUCGUGGAGCCAAAGUGGCCCCUGAAGGCCUCCCUCAGCCCAAAGGACCCCUGGAGCGGGUCUAUCAAGAGAUUGCCAUCCUGAAAAAGCUGGACCAUCCCAAUGUGGUGAAACUAGUAGAGGUUUUGGAUGACCCCAGCGAGGACCAUCUGUACAUGGUGUUUGAGCUGGUCAAGCAAGGGGCUGUGAUGGAGGUACCUACAGAUAAACCUUUCAGUGAGGACCAGUCACGCUUUUACUUCCAAGAUUUGCUCAGGGGAAUCGAGUAUUUACAUUACCAGAGGAUCAUCCACAGAGACAUCAAACCUUCUAACCUGUUGGUGGGAGAAGAUGGACACAUUAAGAUAGCAGACUUUGGAGUCAGUAACCAGUUUGAGGGGGCUGAUGCCCUCCUGACCAGCACAGUGGGAACACCUGCCUUCCUUGCCCCUGAAACGCUUUCUGAGACCAGAAAGAACUUCUCUGGAAAGGCUUUGGAUGUUUGGGCCAUGGGAGUGACACUUUAUUGCUUCGUCUUUGGAGUGUGUCCAUUUAUGGAUGAGCGCAUCCUCAGUCUUCAUCAGAAAAUCAAAACACAACCGGUGGAGUUACCUGAACACAGUGCUGACAUCUCCGAUGAUCUCAAAGAUUUGUUGCUGAAAAUGCUGGACAAGAAUCCAGAGACCAGAAUAUCAAUCCCACAGAUUAAGGUGCACUCAUGGGUGACGAGGCAUGGUGCGGAGCCGCUUCCGCCGGAGGAUGACAACUGUUGUAUGCUGAUUGAGGUGACUGAGGAGGAGGUAGAGAAUUCUGUUAAACACAUCCCCAGCCUGGCUACAGUGAUCAUGGUGAGAACUAUGCUGAGGAAGCGCUCCUUUGGGAACCCCUUUGAUUGGGGCCGUAAAGAGGACCGCAGCAGUUUGUGCGCUCCAGGGCAAAUGCUCACGAAAGGCAGAGGAGGCAGUGUGAGAUACUGCUACAUUCAUUGUAACCAAAGAAGGAAACAGGAGAGCGGUGAUGGCAUGAGGAAUAUGGACCUGCCCUACGUGGGAGAGGAUGAGGCUCUUUCCUGAUGCAGAGGGUUUAUUAUGCACGCUGGUAUUUGCUUGCCUGCAACCACACAGCAGUACACCCCUUUACUCACAGUUUGAUACUGGCAGCCUGCACCUAUGUACAUUUCCUCGGAGGUGGACAAGUGUGGUGGACGCAGAAAAAAAGGGAGAAAUUAAGGAUCUAAGGCACUUUGACAACAUUUUUAAAGCUUUUAUUCCAUUCUCUCCUCUUAAAAGGCUCAGUUUGGGGUUGUGGGACUUUAGACUGUCCCAUGGGAACCUUCCAGGAGAGGAUCCUCCUGAAUCUUGAAGCUGUCUUCAGCCCAUAUUGCCCAACCCAUUCCCCUCCUCUUAUCCUGCAUGCAUUUAUAGUCCUAGCAUGCUUUGUCUCAGGCGUCAACUGUACACAUUUUCGUGUUUUAUUGUAGUUCAGCCACUUGUGUUUCUCCUUGUCUUUACUUGACAAUUCUUUCAGGUAUACAGGGCAUGGGAGCAGGCGAUGGUGAUGGUUUAUGGGGAGGGAUGGUUGUCUUCACCAUCACCUCGACAUUCUCUUUAGUAGAGCAGGUUUCUUGACAAUGAUUGUCUGGUUCACUCCGCAGAGUAGCAGUGCCCAGUUUUGUAACAUAUUUUAGAGUGAAGAAUUUGUACAGUUUUCCCAAAAUGAAAAGGGGAGUGAAAAUAUGUUUACUUCAUUGAAUGCAUGUGUUUACUUUCCCAAUGCAAACACUAUAUAAGCUAUUUAUAAACAUUUGCACGCUCAUAGACACACUUCGAUUAUUUUUUUUGUCUUAUCACUGGCUCUUUAUCAAGGCUCUGAUUUAAUACCAUCAAUAGAAAGCGUUAACAGUUGAUAUAGUGCUUUGUGAACAAUCAUUUAUUUUUUAAGUGAACAAUGAUAUGAUUUUUAGGUGUUUGCUAUAUAUUUUUAAAUUCAUAGAGCUGCAACAAAUGGUGAUUAAUGAAGGUAGUGAUCUACCAAAUGCAUAUGAGAAAAACAGAAUUUGUUUUUAUUCUGUUGCCAUUGUCUGGUUUUUUAUUGUUUAAACUGCAAAUCAGUUCUCUCCAGUUGUUUGGACAAACAAGGUUGUGUGUUGUGAUACUGAGGAACAGAGGUUCACAUUUUUCAACCGUGUGAAAUUAAAAUUAUGAAUGUUUUUGUUUUGUAUUGUAAGAAUCACUGGUGUUAUUUUAAAACUGCACAUUUUCAGGACACCAAAACCUUCAAUUACAUCUAAUUUUGUAAAUAUAGUACGCUAACUUAAAGAAAACAAACCUUUAAAGUAUUUGUUCUUUAUUGAGCUAUUAGAGCUUGCUACUGAAGUUUUGAGAUGGAAGCAUGGUGCAGCUGCAGACUUUUUGUACAAAUCUAUGCAUAUUGUUGAACUUAAAAACCGUUGUCAUCUUUGGUCGUCGGUGUAGGCCACUCUGCAAAUAUUUCAAAUGAAUUAUAAAGUACUUUUAUUACUUUACUUUUAUUUAUUGAUGUGUUUUAUUUUAGAUGAUCCCAAAGCAGUAAAUUAGGAUUUUUCCACUUGUGUUCCUUUUGUUUACAUUUCAUUUGUUUUCUCCAUUUUCUCAAAUAUGGUAGUGUAAGUAGAUAAAGUCACUCGAUGUGUCUCUAACAUAGGAUAUUGACACAGUAUUUACUGCAUUUAAUGCUUCCACACACUCAUUACUUCAGCACUUAAGUGCUGAUUGUAUGAGAAAGGGACUUUGGACUUUUUUUAACUUACUACUUGCAUGUCACUCUGAACUAUACGAACUGUAUGUCUGUUUUUUUAAGACUAGUACUAUGCAUAUGAUGCAUCUUUCUCUGUAUGGUGCAAUGGUACGCCCUGGCACAUUGUCACGUACAGUGUGCACGCUCAGUGGCUGGAUGAGGAGGGCUGUAUGUUGUUGACUGAUUGUAAUUUAUUUUUGCUUACCCAAUGUUUUAUCCAGAAAGAUGUAAUUAAGCUGUGCUCUCCACUGUGGAGUGCUGAAAAUAGAGACAGGCACUCUGGCUUUAGAUUUUCAUAACAUUACUGUACUGUACUUUUGAAGGAUACUCUUUUUUCUCGAUGAUAGCUAAUGAUCUUUUAAUGCCCAUGAUUUAGUCAGAAAAUUAAUUGCAUAAAUGUAUCAAUUUGUGUCAUACUGUGAAAUGUCACCUCAUUUAAACAUGCUUUCCACACACAAGAUAAAUAUUUUACAUGUACAAUAUUUAAAUCUGUAGUUAGUUUCAAUGCAGUCUUUGCCCAUUCUUGUCAGAAGAGCCAGGCUAAGUGAUUAACUUUUACUGUUCACAUGAUUUUGCAUUCAGUAGUGUAAAUGUAUUUCAUUAAGAGCUUUGGGGGCUCUUUCCUUCUAAAUGCAUGCCAACAUACUGAACACAUACCACUGUAUUGUCAUAGCAUGAGAGGUCCCUGACAACAAAAUGGGACCUUUAAAUGAGUUAUUCUAUACAUACUGUAUCUUGUUCAUCAUUUGAAUAAAAUAUUGUUGCCUUUC